GUCAUUUCCUUGUCAAGCUCAUUUUGACAAAGCAGAGAAUUUCAGGUCUGAAUCAAGAUAGUAGAAGAAGAAGAAAGAAAGAAUGAAGAAGACUUUUGCAUGUGAUGAAUCAAUGAUCAUCACCAUUCCCAUCGGGAGUCUGAGAGACGCUGGAGAAGGUCAACUGAUGCCGGAAAAGUUUCAGUGCGUGUACAAAGAUUCCUACAAGGUCUUUGCUAUCAAAGGGAAACCUAAACCUCUCGGAGCAGCCCAAGCCAUCGCUGGUGUGUUCAUUCUCGCGCUCGGCCUGAUUUUUAUGACCACAGAAGCGUUCCACUUAAUCUACACUCUGCCCAGCGUUCUGUUUGUGGUCUGUGGCAUCCUGUCCUAUGCAGCUGGACAUUAUCCAAACAUGUACGUGACUAAGCUGUCAUUCUCUCUGAACAUCGUCAGCUUCUUCUGGUCAAUUGCAGCAAUUAGUUUAUGCUUCAUCCAUCUUCAUGUUUCACCAACAGAGAGCUCGAACAAGAUCCAUGAAGGAAUCAAAGGACUGAUUGUGACUCUGCUGGUUGUUGAAAAGUUAAUUGCCCUUUCCUUGAUCUACUGGUUGAGUAAAGCUGUAUGCAGACAACAUUUCAAUACUUUGCCCAUCAUACUGCUGAAACAUGGAGACUGAGGCUUAAUGAAGCUCAACCAGCCAACGAGCAACCACUUAUUUAUGGUACUUUAAAAUCCUUAUUGUAUCAAAAGUGUAACAACCAAUCAUGUCGAAUACCCCUCAAUAUAAAACAUAUAAAGAAUGCAAAAUUAGCUUUUGUUUUCCUUUCAGAAGUAAGUAGCUAAAAAAAUACGUAAGCAUGUGAAUGAGCCAGCACUUGGAUAUAGAUUACCCAUUAUUAUACAGUGGUAUGAAAAGGUUUGGGCACCCCUGAUCAUUUUAAAGAUUUUCCUUUAUGUAUCAUUGGUUG